UGCCGGCCGCGCUGCCCGGGAGGCUGCGGGAGCCGCGGGAGCCCGGCAGCCCUUAGCGCGGGCGGCGGGGUUUCUGCAAGUCAUCUGAGCCCGCCGAACCGCGCACCCCGCGCUCCCCUGCCCCGCGCUCCCGCAGCCCCGGAGGAUUUAUUCGGGGGUUUUUGUUGAGGGUUUUUUUUCCCUUCUCCCCCGCCGCGCUGUCGGUAUCGGUUUCUCCCGUCACCUGCCACGGGUAACUUUCCCGUGACUCGGUUUGAGUCUCGAGCUCUACGUGGAUGUCGCUAAGAGCACUUUCCUGCCUUUGCUGUCCCUCGCUGGGAUCGGAUCCGUACUCACUGGGCUCUGUGUGCCUGUAGGUGUGUUCUGAGUGUCUUGAAAUUUUUCUUUCCUUUACAAGAGCUAUGCAUUAAUUGUACCCAAGACCUGUGAAUGACCAUAGGCUUGGCUUGACCUUGAUUUUGAUGGCUUUGUUGGAAGAUCUAACGAUGUGAUUGCAUUUCACGAAGUGAUUGCUCUCCAGCCUCUAUGGCUUAGGGUAUAAGCCACUUCUGCCACAGUCACUCAUGGACUACUCAGAUUUUUUUUAAGCAAACCUUUUGGCUAUUUUUCUUUUCUCACUUCCCUUUCCCUCCUGUUUCUCCUUAAUGUUGGGAGCCUUAUUCUACACUUUGAAGUGAUUGAUACUCCUGCUGCUUUGUGCUGCUGAUUUCUGUUUUAAAGUACGAUGGCUCUAAGUGGCAAUUGCAGGACUUACCUUCCCCCUCGAGAGCAGGGCACCGGGCUGCACUCCUUCCCGGAGGUGGUGGAGCUGAACGUGGGUGGCCAGGUUUACUUCACUCGCCACUCUACCUUGGUGGGCACCCCUCACUCCCUGCUGUGGAAAAUGUUCACCCCAAAGAGAGACACAGCCAACGAUCUGGCCAAGGACUCCAAGGGAAGGUUCUUCAUCGACAGAGAUGGUUUUCUUUUCCGCUAUAUUCUGGACUAUCUCAGGGACAAGCAAGUGGUUCUGCCCGACCACUUCCCAGAGAAGGGAAGGCUCAAGAGGGAGGCUGAGUACUUCCAGCUCCCGGACUUGGUCAAACUCCUGUCUCCUGAUGACAAUAAGCAAAGCCCCGAUGAUUAUUGCCACAGUGACUACGAAGAGGUGUCCCAAGGCAGUGACACGAGAAUAUGCCCACCCUCAUCGCUCCUACCGCCCGAUCGAAAGUGGGGAUUCAUUACCAUUGGGUACCGGGGGUCGUGCACUAUUGGCAGGGAGAGCCAAGCAGAUGCCAAAUUCAGGAGAGUCCCAAGGAUUUUGGUUUGUGGAAGGAUUGCUUUGGUCAAAGAGGUCUUUGGAGAAAGUUUGAAUGAAAGCAGAGACCCAGACAGGGCUCCAGAAAGGUACACCUCCAGGUUUUAUCUCAAGUUCAAGCACCUGGAGAGGGCUUUCGACAUGUUGUCUGAGUGUGGAUUCCACAUGGUGGCCUGUAACUCCUCGGUGACGGCUUCCUUUGUCAACCAGUACACCGACGACAAGGUCUGGUCCAGCUACACCGAAUACGUCUUCUACCGAGAGCCCUCCCGGUGGUCCCCGUCCCACUGCGACUGCUGCUGCAAGAACGGCAAAGGCGACAAGGAGGGGGAGAGCGGCACGUCCUGCAACGAGCUCUCCACCUCCAGCUGCGACAGCCAGUCCGAGGCCAGCUCCCCCCAGGAGACCGUCAUCUGCGGCCCCGUCACCCGCCAGCCCAACAUUCAGACUCUGGACCGACCGGCCAAGAAGGGGCCGGUGCAGCUCCUCCAGCAGUCCGAGAUCCGCAGGAAGAGCGACCUGCUCCGGACUCUCACCUCCGGCUCCCGGGAGUCCAACUCCAGCAAGAAAAAAGCGGUGAAGGAGAAGCUCUCCAUCGAGGAGGAGCUAGAAAAGUGUAUCCAGGAUUUCCUCAAAAUCAAAAUCCCUGACAGGUUUCCGGAAAGGAAACACCCCUGGCAAUCCGAACUGCUGCGGAAGUACCACCUAUAGGCGCAGGGCGGGGAAAGCACACAACCUUAGUGUCAUUAGGGAGAGAUUCUAAGUGAUACGAAAAUAAUUCCCAAUAAUAAUUAUUUGUUAGGUCACAAAAAAAAAAAAAAAAGCAUCUCUAUAGUACUGCCUAAUUUGCCUAUUUCACCUUAACAUUUAUAGUCGUAGGGUAACGAUAUUUUUCCAGUCGUGGAAGCACAAUGACAAACGCUUUUAUUUGUCAACUCUGAGUCUUACACAAGCUGAAUACCUUAAGGGCACAACCCCACGGGCACCGGGGGAGGCUCCGGGGGGACGCGGCUGGUGGGUGGGUGGUGUCCGGGGGCUGUGGACCGCAUGCCUUCUGCCUCCUCCUCCUCCUCCUCCUCCUGCCUGCGUUGGGAGGGAUGUACACAGCUCACAGAAACAAGCUAUGCCGUGACAGUUUACCUUAAGCAUGUGUAUAUAUAUAUAUGUGCAUAUAUAUAUAUGUGUGUAUAAUCUCUCUGUGUAUAUAUAUAUGUAUAUAUAUAUCGAUAUAUAUUGCUUAAAGAUUUUCUGGCUCUCUCCUUACAACUGCACUUUCUCAGAAAAGAGCGUUUUUUAGCCAUCUGUGGAUGUUCCGUUUCUUCUUCAGGUCUUUGAGGGUUGAACAGUAGAAAACCCAUCUUGCUGUCCCUCCCCCACUCCCUCCCCCCUCCUUCUCUGAGACACUGUAAAUGCAUUUCCGUGGAGACCAGGGGCCGGUGUGUGGGUCUUCGUUGCCGUCAGCAAAAUAUCCCAUUUGUUUUUUCAUGAUCUUCCCUCUGUGUCCUCCACACGCCUCUUGUUGUUCCUCAAGGCUCUCCGGUGCCAGCGGGUCCCAGGCGUGAUGAUCCCGGUUGGAAAGCUGUAGGAAAUCUGCGGUGGUCGUGGUGGGUAGUUGGUCGUGGUGGAUGGUUGGUCAUGGUGGUGACGAUGGCAGGUUCUUGCAGGUUGAUCAGGGGUCUGUGCUGGGGAUGUGUGGCUCUGGCCAGAGAGCGGGCACCAGGUCCCCUGUGGCACAGAAGCAAACACCAAUUAUGUGCCCAACAGGGCACGUUGGUGCUCUCUGGCAGGGGAUCCACUGCCGGGGGACGGGUGCUGCUGUUGCCUUUCAAGAGAAAAUGCAGACCCAGGAGGUGCCCAGACCCCCAUCUCCGUGUCGGUCCUGUCUGCAGCCCGUGGUGGGAUGUUGGCCAGCAAACGGCCUGGUCCUGCCCUGACCCGAGCGGGGGUCCCACAGCCCCCGGGGGAAGGGCAAGGAGUGUGUGGGUGCGACAGGCAACCGCCAGGCCACCGGAGAGUGGCUGGGAACCGGUGUGAGCAACUGGUCAGAGGUGCAGGGCAGGAACCCGGGAGCAGGCCGGGGUCGGAGCGGGGGCUCGGCUGUGGGGGGAGCCCGGGCUGCCCAGGAGGGUGAGCCUGGGGAAGCAGUGGAGACAUUAAUUGCUCCAGCUGACUGACUUUGACCAUAGCUGGGAACAAACCAGCUAGGGCCUUUGAGAUAAAUUAUUCAUUUUCUAAAGGCACAAGAAAAAAAUUAUAUAUACAUAUAUAUAUAUACACACACACAUAUAUAUUGAUAUAUAUAAAUGAUAGUGCUGGUAACACAAAGCACUUUGCUCCUGGCUUCUUUAGCAUCCUGCAGGUUCCAGGGCUUCUUUUCCCCUCAAAUCUCAGAGGUUGCUGUGGGAGGUGAUGCACAGAUUGUUUCUGUGGGGCUGGAGCAGGGUGGUGGCUGUCAGCUCGCAGGGCUCCCUUGUGCCCCACACCUGGCUGCCUUUCCCAGGUCAGACCCUGUUCCUCUUUGGGCAGAAGGUCUGCAGGAGCACACAGACAGAGGUCUGUACCCGUUGCUUGGCUGCAGAUAUUGUGCACGUCUUUAGUGGGGAAGAUACAAAUUUUACCAGCAAAAAAAGGAAGCAAUACCUGUCCAGAGGGAUCCAUCAGCACGAGCUGGCUGUAGGGAGGGGGGAAAACCCUCCCAGCAAUACAUCUCCCGGCCUUUGGAGAGCAGGGCUUGGAUGUGGCACUUGGCAUCGUCUCUGCUGAGGUGUUUCAGGUGAGGAGGCUGCUGUUUCUGCCAGCGAAUGUGCAGCGUUGGCAGUGCAGAGGGAGGAGUGUGAAACAGAGGGUCUCCCCUGGGAAAUGCUGGGCUCAUUCCUCAGACCCCAAGAAGCUCAGCAGUUCCUGGGAGCAGGCUCUAGACCCAGGUCAGGUUUUAAGACAUUCAUUCAGGCUCCCGUUCAGGUGUGGUAGUUGUGCAGCCCUCCCCUCCCCUGCUCAAAAGGCACAUUAUCACAUGGAAAUCGAUGUUUUGCACAAGAUCCACAGAUCUGGCUCCAUUUAGUUAUCUAAUGGUUAAUCUAUAACAUGUUUCUUUUCCUACUCGACAUUUCCUGCUUCUUUCCCUCUGGCACCAAGCAAACGGAACUGGGGAGCAGACAGGGCUCUCCCUCGGGAUUUCCAGGGGAGUACCCAGCUGGGGAUGGUCACCCCUCUUGGCAGAAAACUGCAGAUGAAACCUUGUCCUUCCCACCACUCCAGGUCAUUCCCUGUCUAUCUUUAAUAUUGGAAAUAUUUGGGCUAUAAAAUGUGUGCCAGAGUGGCAGAACAGGCGCUGUGUGUGUGUGUGUGUGUGUGUUCCCAGGCUGACGUUCAGGAUAGCGUGAUGAUUAAUAACUGUAGAAAAAUUAGACCAAAUGAAAUGCGCCCGAAUGGGCUUGAUUUAUGUGGCCUUCAUGUCUUCAGUUUUAGAUGAAAUGGUUAUUACUCUCCAGUGCUACAGAAAUAAAGGUCUUAAACUCCAGUAAUCACAGGUAGGCCAGACCUGCCAGGAAACACAAUGCCUCCGGCUGUUUUGGUGGAGCAGGAGGAGGUGCCCGGUGUGUGAGUGCACACUCGUGUGUGUAUGUGUGCACACUCGUGUGUGUGUCCAUAUGCACUUUCUGGUGCCUUCCUGCAGGGACAGCUCUCAUCUGACUACGUGUUGCAGUUGUUUUGCAGGGUGGCUUGGUGUAACAGGGAGUUGGGGCUGUGCUUCGAGGGGUUUUGCUGUUUGGACUGGCUGUGGGUGGCACGGCCUCUGCAGAGGGGUCCCUGGCAAUGGUGGGGAGCGGCCCACCCCUCCCCAGGGAGGUGAGCUGGAAUGGGGGAUGCUGAAAUGGGUUGGGUUGGAAGGGACCUUAAAGCUCAUCUAGUUCCAACACUCCUGCCCUGGGCAGGGACAACUCCUACCAGACCAGGUUGUUCAAAGCCCCUUGAACCCCUCCAGAGAUGAGAAGGGGACCUUUGAUCAUCAGUUACUGCUCCUCAAAGGUCCCCUUCUCACCUCGCCACCAUUACCCCAUGGCAAGAACCCCACCCCACCAAAGAGACACACUUCAGGCACCUUAUUCUGCCACUGUAAGGUGGCCACAGGGCCACCACCAGGCACAGGACCCUGCAGCUGGAGGCAGGCAGAGGAUGGGGACAUUGUGUGAUGGUGUGGAGAAACCAUGGCCAGGUAGAGACAGGCACUGGAGAAGUUAAAAAUGCUGUUCCAGGGCAGCCCCGUAGUUCCCAUGUGGGCAGCAGCAGGUCAGGAAAGAGCAACCAAACCUUCACCUGGUGGUGGUGUCCUCCCCAGACAGGCAUGGAGGUGGUGGUGGUUCUUAGCACAGGAGAGGGAUGUAUUAACUUUGGAAGAUCUCUUCCCAAAACUAGUGCCAUGCACACGUACAUAGACACAUAUAUAUACCAGUAGAUAUAUAUAGCUAGAUGGAUGUACACACGCACCUUGGGGUGAAAGGCAUGGAUUUGUGCCUUUUGGGUGAGGUUAUUCCCCUCCGCCUGCAGGACACGGCCCUGCUUGCUGUUGGGAGAGGCAGGAGAAGCUCCUUCUAAAGGCGGGUGUCAGAGGGGUACCUGGGCCCCCCCCAGCUCAGCAGAAGGAGGGGACCUUCUCGGGGCCGGGCUCCCCGAGGGCUGCAGCCCCCCGGCUCCCCUGCUGACAUGGGGCGAGGGGGGAGAGAGGGAGAGGGCUGCGGUGCAGGGGGGGAAGAUUAAAUUGGAAUUACAGAGUUGUCUAAAAGGCAGCAGGUGUUGAGCUCUGGAAAUAUUCAGCUCAAUUCUGCUUCGUUUCAGCCAGAGGAGCCGUGUCUGUCCCUAGGACAUUUUUGGUCACUUAAUCAGUAGCAAGGCAAAACGAAACUCAUUUUAACAGAGUACUUUAUUCUUUCUGAGGUGUCUGGGGACCGAACUGGGCUUUGAGCUACUUCCCACGCAUAACAAAUACUAAAUAGAAGUUCAGUUGAAACUAAUUUGAAAACUUACAUUGACUUCAGUGGGACCGGGACUCCACCAACACGCCUUCCUCAAGAAACACGGGCCCCUGUGUCAGUGGGGAGGAGACAAAGCUGUUAUAAAAUUCACAUCCUCUUAGGUUGCUCGCAACGUUCAUCACUACGUGUGGGGUGAACGGGUCUGGCGUUAAUUAUCGUGGGCUGGUUAGUCCCCUUGAGUAAGCUUGGCUGAGGAGGCCGCUCUGAAGGAGGGUGAAGGUGGCCACAGCCCCACACCGUGCCCGGUGGGAUGGGUGUCCCCCAAGGUGACACAGCUGUCCCCAUGGCCAUGUGGUGCUACAGCUCAUCUCCCACCACGGCCACCCACAUCCCCAGUCAGAAACACUGGUUUGUCCAAGGGUUUGUCACCCGCCCAGAUGCCUGAGCAGGACGUGAAGCCUCGGGGGGGGACAAAGGGAGAACAGGGGGGUUUGCACAGACCCACGGGGACCAAACCCUUUUAUUUUUUUUCCCUGAAUCUGCACUCACCGUGUGGAGGCACCACAGCUCUCUGGAGAACGUUUGGGGUUUUUAAUUCUACUUUUUUCGAGUCCAUGUAUUAUUUUUAUUUGCGAAGCCGAGGGCUGAAGGAGAGAACAAGGUUGAUUUUUAUUGGGAAGGACCAUAAGGUGCCCCAGCCCUGGGCUGUGUCUGGGGCUGCUGUCCCAGCCCUGCAGGGGCUGGGGGGGCCCUCCCAUUGCCUCCCCCUGCCCCAAAGCCCCUUCCACCCCUGAGCGCGCACCAGGGCUCCGCUUCCAGAGUACUUUAUGCAUAAGGCCCCAUGUAUACCAUGGUACAAAAUAAUUGUCCAGUCUUAUGGAUAGUUUAUGCCCCAAGGGGGUUUUGUAGAUUAAUAGUAAAAGAACAAAAAAAAAAAAAAAAGCACUUUUAAAUUAUUUAUAUUAUAUAAAGACAUUCUUUAUUUUUCUUGGCAUCGAUAUCACUUAGCUAAAAAAAAAAUUAUCAGUUUAUAAGUAUAUUACAGAUUUUAAACUAUAGCAAUGAUAAAGCAAAGACGAAAAAAGCAGAAUUCAGAAUUAAACAGACAAAACUUACCACCGUGAGGCAGGAGGACGGCAGGGCCCGGCUGGAUGAGCGGGAAUUGCUGGACUCCAGUGGGGGAGUCGUGUCCCUCGGCGUGUCCCCGGCCGUGCCACCCUGGUCCCGGGGAGCGGGGACGGGGCUGGGGGGGACUGGCCCCUUCCCCACAUUUGCAGGACGCGACCGGUGCCGGCGUUUGGGUUUUCAGAGCUGUCCCUGCCUUAGGGGAGCCAGUGCCACGAGUGCAGGGCGUUCUCAGCCCACCCGGGAGCUGGAGGGGUUGGUGGUGGGAGUUGGAGGGGUUGGUGGUGGCUCCGUGCUCUCCUGGGGCCUUGCUCGUGUGAGUUUCCAGACCUCAUUCAAGCACUUAACGACUUUGCCGAGGCCGAGUCAGUCUGUUGCACAUUGAUGUAGAUUAAGUGGCACCCACUGAAUUACCUCUCUACUUUCCAACGUGGUUCACUUGUACAUAAGUGUAAUGUCAAAUUGUUUACAGGUUACUUCGUGAGUAAUUGUGGAAAAAAAAAAAAAAAAAAAGAAAAAGUUUUAACUACAAAUUUAAAGGAAUCAAUUUUACUGGAAGGUGUUUAAAAAAAAAAAAUGAAUGUGCUUAAUACAGUAUA